AUGGCGCCUCGCCGAGUUAUCGCCGACUCCGAUGACGAGGACGAAGGCGAUAUCCCGUUAAUUCCCUCGAGGGAUUACACGGUAGAUAGUCCGCCACGGCCGGAGCUGCUGAGCCCGUAUCAUAGGCCGCCAAGCCCCAGGAUGCCUGGCCGGACACAGGUCUCAGAUACAACAGAUGGGUCGUUCUUCGCGAGCGUCUACGAUGAGCAGCAGACCAGAGCGCGCGAGCAAUCUCAACUCGUCGAGCAUAUCGUUCGACAAAGCCAGAAGGCCAGCGCCAACAGCGAUGAGGUCUCGUCCCCGGCCAGGGGCAGGGACAAGACUAAGACCGAUGUCUCGUCAGGUACUUCUGUGACGUCCCCAAGGGUCUUGAGCCGGCCCGGGAACCAUCAGUCGCUUCUUAGUGAUGAUGCGACCAACAUUACGAGCCCGCGGAAAACACUGCCUGGGGAGUGGGAUGUACCUAGCAGUCCGGAGAUCCCGAGGGACGAUAACAAAAGAUCGCAUAGCAACCGAAGGGGGAACCAGCCAAAAGGCAUGGUAAGCACAACUAUAACGGAGGCGCCCCUCCUAGAGGAUUUUGGCCAUACAGAAACUCCUCGGCGCGAGGCAUUCCACGAUGAGAUUCCCGAACGGGAAAACGUCGAAUCGUUUCCCUUGCCGGCAACGAAGAGGAGAAGGGUCUCGCUUCACGGCUCUAUGGCUUCUGGAAGUGCCGCCGGUCUUUACGUCGCCCAGAGCAACCUCACUACCAUGCAGAAACUCGAGUAUCAGAAGAUCCACGUGCCGCAGAGUGGCUAUUCUAGUCUCACAGACUCUCUCAGUCAUCAAAAAUCAAGCGGCGUGACAACCAUAGCGUAUCCAACCCCCAGCCGAUAUGCGCCUUCUUCCGGGCCACCGCUUCCGUGGGAAAAGGCUAAUGCCGCCGAUACCCAACCAAGAAGCUCACAUGCCAUCGACGCAAAUUUCGUCUUCCCCAGAUGUGAUUUCAUUUGGCCACGACUCCGAAAGGGUAGUCAGAACUACGGUGCCACUAGUAGGAAGGGCAGGAAAAGGCCGAAGAGCAUCCAGGACGAGGACGAACUUGUACAUGACGAAUCGCGGAACUCCGAGACGGCCAACCACCACCACAAAGACAAUGAAAACCCUCAACUCCAGCGAGGGAAGCCGAACUCGCCAAACCCAGACGAACGCAGUAGGCCCGCCGAACCAGUCCACGUUCCCAGUCCGCGUGGGGCCUCGCCCCGAGCAGACCCCCAGGAAGAACGCGACGAAUCAAAUGCUGAAAUCCCCGCGACGGAGCCGCCCGCACCCGUCGACGAGCCCGAGAUCGCCAUCCAGCCGCCCCCGCAGCCGAAGAAGCGGGGCCGCAAGAAGAAGAGCGAGCUAGCCGCCGAGCACCACCCGGCCGAACCGGCUCCGGCCCCCGCCCCCGCCCCUGAGGCGCGGAGCGAGGAGCCCGAGAAGCCUCCUAAGCGGAAGCGCGGCCGCCCCCGGAAGGCGGACCGCGCCGCGAAACCCGAACCGGAAGCGGCCGUGACCCCGGUGGCAGAACCCGCCGUCGCGGCCGGGGGGCCCGAGGACGACGGCGACGGCGACGGCGACGGCGCGCCCGCGCCGCCGGGACAGGUUGACGGCGCCGAAGUCGCCGACACAGACGAGGAGGGGGAGGGGGAGGAGGAGGCGGCGGGGGGGCAGAAGCCGCGGAAGCGGGCGGGGGCGGGGGCGCGGGGCAGAGGCCGGGGCGCGGCGUCGCCGCUGCGGGAGACCAGCAGGAACUCGAAAGGCUCGCCUCCGGCAGAGCCGACGACGACGACGACGACGACGACGACGUUAACGACAACAACGGAUCGAGCGCCGAAGGAAGAAGCUGGAGAGGGGGCAAAGGCGGAGGAGGAGGAGGAGGAAAAGGGCGACAAGCAGAAGGCAAAGGCGAAGGCGAAGGCGAAGCAGACGCCGGUGCCCAGGACGCCGUCGUACCGGGUCGGGCUCAGCAGGCGGACGCAGAUCACGUCGCUGCUCAAGUCUAUCAAGCGGUAGGCCGAGGGGUGGAGAGGGGGGUUAGGAGGGA